AGCAAGUUCCAGGACAGCCAGGGCUGCCCAGAAACCCUAUCUCAAAAACAACAGCAACAAAAAAAGACUCCAACUCCCCUCUGUGGUCAUUUAGUUCAUUUUGGGGCUGGGGAGAUGGCUUAGCAGUUAAGAGCACUGGCUUAUCUUCUAAGGACCCCAGUUCAAUUCCCAGCACCCACAUGGCAGCUCACAACUGUAACUCCAGUUUCAGGGGAUCCAACACCCUCACAGAUAUAUUUGCCGGCAAAAUAGCAAUAAAGUUAAUUUUAAAAAGGAGACUCCAUAUGUAGACAUCAGGCUAGAUUUAAUUAGCCAGGGCUCCUGUACUACCUUAGACCCCAGUGGCCCACUUACGAUGUGGAAUUGAAGGUGGGUGGAGCCCAAAGGCUGUAAGUGGCAUGGAUGAAGUAGUCUUGCUCCUGAGCAGAGCCCUCCUCACUCAGUAGGAUGAAUGUCCAGAAUGCCCGUUUAGGGUAUCUACUUCCUACAUGCCCUGAUUAGGGAUAACAUGCUCAGUGCCUGGGACCCUGGGACCCUCCUAGUAGUCUAUUGCAGAGUUGAGUCUGGUUUCAGGAGUCCAGUGAGGUGGCUCCAGACUAGUGCAGCCAGCCUUGAGAGCCAAAGAUGUGGGGUUUCCAAUUGUAUGUGGACAGGAGAUCUCUAGAACCUAGGAGCUCAGCUCAGCAGGUGCCAGCCACACUUCACCAACUGCUACACCUGAGCAGGUCUCCAGACCCCAGUGGAGGCUGUCAGGUUUUAGGGGUACCCUGUGCAGGUCCCACAUGAGCGAACCAGAUAGAAUCAGGGCAGGUGAGCCCCCACUCCCAUACUCUCAGGAACAGCAAGCCUCAGCAUCCAUAUCUGAUAACAGGCUGGCCAAAGAUUCACUCAGAGUUUAGCCACCUCUAUAAUGAUUUUGUUGCACCUAAGUAAACAUGUGUAUGUAGACAAAUGUAUGUUCACGGACUGGCACAGACAAGCUCUAUGCACAUACACAGGGACACAAGUGUGUAUCUAAAUACAUAGGCAAGUGGGCUGAGAGUGUGUAUCACAGUUACCUACACUUGCACAUUCAGGCAUACACGAACAGCUAUGAACUCGCACAAAGCGCCGCAAAAUAAACAUACGUACACCUGUACCUGUACAGGCAUGCAUAGGAUGCUGGAGGUGCAGCUCAAGAAUGCAGAGAUCCCUAGAUUUGAUCCCCAGCAUAUACACACACAGCACCAAUGCACAUACACACGUUGCAUGCAUUGUCUCAAACAGGUGUGUAAGGGCACAUGCACUUAAAAAACUACUAGCAGAUACACAUACAUGCAGGUGUGCAGGCUCAAGUGUGUCUCUAGUCAUUAUUUGGUCUUAGUAAGGAACAGAAAGAUACACCCAGGCAUGUAUAGCAGACUGACCCUGCAGAAGGCAUGUAGAGACCAUGCUCGGGGUCACAUUUAACCCUGAGUGUGAGACAAAUAUAAAGUCACCUUAUUUCCUUGUGCCUUCCAGCAGACACAACCCUCUGAUCCAGAGAUACCCCACCCUUGUGAACCACUGCUAAUCAUGGGACCCUGUGCCUCGCCUAAUCAGUAAAGUGGAGCUGUGGUUUGGGCACCACCUUCCCCCAAGUUCCAUGUAAGCUUACAAAAGAGUGGUCCUGACGCAGCUGGACAAGCAGUAGGUCCUCUGUGCCUGCUUCUCCUUCAGCAUUCGCCUGCCAAUCCCCAACCCCAGUUCUCCUACUUCUGGGGCUGAAGGGUCUUUUCCCUCAACUACACCAAGUGAACCCCUAUAGGACAGGGGAAGGACUCUCGAGGGUCUCUUCUGGAGAAUGGGGGGGGGGGGCAGAGGAGUGCACAGUCAGCAGUUGAUGGAUUGAGGCCUUGCCAGCCUGAUUAAAAGGCCAGGAGACUGAGCCUCACCUGUCCUUGUCUCUGAUUGGCCCUCGGGCAUUCCUAGCUCCCAAAUCCCACUAAGCAAUCCCUCCAGGGCCUGCACAGGUCUGUGGAGAGCCAGUUGAUUGCCAGCUUUAGGGCCAAAAGGUUGUCUGAGGAGGCCGGAGGCUGCCUACCCUGUCCCUUUGCCUGCUGCUGGGACCAUGGGGGCUGGGGCCAGUGCUGAGGAGAAGCAUUCCAGAGAGCUAGAAAAGAAGCUGAAAGAGGACGCUGAGAAAGAUGCUCGAACUGUGAAGCUGCUGCUGCUGGGUGCUGGUGAAUCUGGGAAGAGCACCAUUGUCAAGCAGAUGAAGAUUAUCCACCAGGAUGGUUAUUCACUGGAAGAAUGCCUGGAGUUCAUUGCCAUCAUCUAUGGCAACACUCUGCAGUCCAUCCUGGCCAUUGUUCGGGCUAUGACCACGCUCAACAUUCAGUAUGGAGAUUCAGCGAGACAGGAUGAUGCCCGGAAGCUGAUGCACAUGGCGGAUACCAUUGAAGAAGGCACAAUGCCCAAGGAGAUGUCUGACAUCAUUCAGCGCUUGUGGAAAGACUCGGGUAUCCAAGCUUGCUUUGACCGUGCCUCGGAGUACCAGCUCAAUGACUCUGCUGGCUACUAUCUUUCAGAUCUAGAGCGUCUGGUGACUCCAGGCUAUGUGCCCACUGAGCAGGACGUGUUGCGCUCUCGUGUCAAAACCACCGGCAUCAUCGAGACGCAGUUCUCCUUCAAGGACCUCAACUUCAGAAUGUUCGAUGUGGGCGGGCAGCGUUCCGAGCGCAAAAAGUGGAUCCAUUGCUUCGAGGGUGUGACCUGCAUCAUUUUCAUCGCCGCACUGAGCGCUUACGACAUGGUGCUGGUGGAGGACGACGAAGUGAACCGAAUGCACGAGAGCCUGCACCUGUUCAACAGCAUCUGCAACCAUCGCUACUUCGCCACUACAUCCAUCGUGCUCUUCCUCAACAAGAAGGACGUUUUCUCCGAGAAGAUAAAAAAGGCACACCUCAGCAUCUGCUUUCCCGAUUACGAUGGACCUAACACUUACGAGGAUGCCGGCAACUACAUCAAAGUGCAGUUCCUCGAGCUUAACAUGAGACGUGACGUGAAGGAGAUCUACUCCCACAUGACGUGCGCCACCGAUACACAGAACGUCAAGUUUGUCUUUGACGCUGUCACCGACAUUAUCAUCAAGGAGAACCUCAAAGACUGCGGGCUCUUCUGAGAUGCCUGAAUUCAUGUGUGUCCCUUGCUCUGAGACUCUGUAUGUAGCCCAGCUGCCCUGUAGUCCCCUCCAAUAACUCCCGUGCCUCAGCCUGCUGCUCCACUAGUCACACAUCCAAAGCUCCGAGGCUUGAAGUGCAGACCCUCCCCCAAGUCCCCAACCCCGCCCUGCCCUUCACCGCCUGGCUGCACUGGCCUCUUGGACCCACGGCAGCCAGCCUCGGCUAGGACAAAGGCAAGACUUGGGACAGCUGGAGCUCACAGUGACUCAGCAGUGCCCGAGUGACCCGUCCCCUGACGCCCUUCUGCCACCCCCACCAGCAGCAGCUCACCUGGUGGAUUUCGGUUCAGCAAACAGCCCUCCCUCCCUCCCCAGCAUUCAUGAAGGGCUGGAGGUAUCCCUCCCUCAAGCAGGCCUGCUGCUUGCCAGCAGGUCAUUUCAGCCUGCUACCUGCAUAUGACAAGUCCAACAUCUGUCCACGCAGUGGUCAGUAACUGUCCCCCCCAGCAGCCCAAGGGAUCCAAAGUCCAAGCUCUGGUCUGUGUAGCCUCACAUAGAUAAAUUAGUGACUUUGAGAUGGGUGCCAGGGAGAGACACAAGACAAACCCAUCCCCAAAAACUAGGCUCAGGCUAUCUCCCAGUUCCUUUUCCCUCUGGGUCUUGCCCCUCUGUCCUUGAACACUUCCACACCCCACCUCAUCCACCCACACACAAUACUCAGGGCUGGCUGGUCAAGGUAUGGUAUAUUGAAGGAGGGCACUAUUGACAUCAGCUAUGACCAAUAAUCAAGCUAUGUUGAGGGGUGGCUGAGGGCAGAGUCCAACUCCUAUUGAUCAAACCACAGGUAAAGACCAAUUCCAUGUGAGGUUACAGGGAAGUCCAUGUGACUGUUGUGCCUCCUGACUCAGGACCCAGUCCUUGCGAGAGAGAACGGAAAACCUAGCCUGAACCAUUAGAGACAAUGUCCCACAUCCCCCAGCCCCUUCUCCUUCCUUCAUCAAGCGGCAAGUCUUUGCUUAAGCCUGUGGACCAGAGUCAGCGCUGCUGUUAGACACACGGUGCUUCUGUCCAGCAAGGCUGGGCCAUGAUCUGUACUUCCCUUAGCUACGUGCACAGACUCAGCAAUAAACCUUUGCACCAGG